AAGGUGGAUAAGGAAAAACUAGUUCAAGGAACUAGAGUCGUUCUUGAUAUGACAACACUUACAAUUAUGCGUGCUCUUCCACGCGAGGUAGAUCCAGUUGUUUAUAAUAUGCUGCAUGAAGAUCCUGGUAAUGUCAGCUAUUCAGCCGUGGGUGGUCUAUCUGAUCAAAUUAGAGAAUUGAGGGAAUCUAUUGAGCUACCUCUUAUGAACCCUGAGCUUUUCAUAAGAGUGGGGAUUAAACCUCCCAAGGGUGUCCUUUUAUAUGGACCUCAUGGUACUGGAAAGACAUUAUUGGCUAGGGCUAAUGCGAGUAAUAUAGACGCUAACUUUUUGAAGGUUGUUUCAAGUGCCAUUAUUGAUAAGUAUAUUGGAGAAAGUGCUAGGUUGAUAAGGGAAAUGUUUGGAUAUGCACGUGAUCAUCAGCCCUGCAUCAUUUUCAUGGAUGAAAUUGAUGCCAUUGGUGGACGCCGAUUUAGUGAAGGAACAAGUGCUGAUCGUGAAAUUCAGAGAACACUAAUGGAGUUACUUAACCAGCUCAAUGGGGUUGAUCAGCUUGGGAAGGUUAAAAUGAUAAUGGCAACAAACCGACCUGACGUUCUUGAUCCUGCACUUCUCCGUGAUUAUGUCAUUCAUGAAGACUUUAUGAAGGAUGUGAGGAAGCUGAAUGAGGCAAAGAAACUUGAAUCUAGCGCGCACUAUAAUUCUGCUAGAUCCCUUCUUAGGCUCUCGGCCUCGUUGUGGGCUUCCGCUAUUCUCCCGAAAUCCUUCCCGUCGAAAGUCACCGGCGGUGGAAUUGAGGAUUCUACUGAUUUCCUUUUUCUCCCUUGCGAUAUGUUCCUUGCUUUGUCUUUCAGAGCCGAUCUUUCCAAGUUGGAGAUUGUGUCCAAAUGGGAAGAUACUUCGAGACAUCAUAGUAGAUUCGGCGAUUUGUCUGAAUCCUGGAUUAACGCGCUUUGGGCGGAUCUUAAGGGAUUCGGUCUUCGUCUUAUUGAAUGA